AUGAGUACCAAACUGUUUGUGGGACUCGGCACAGCAGGAAGUAUUUUUGUAAUAAUCAUGUCUCUCUUGGCUGUAGGCGUCAUUUAUAACGAUAUCAAUAAUCUUUACGAUGAUGUUAUGGAUGAGAUGGGUGAAUUUAAGGUUGUUGCUGAUGACACAUGGCAAAGGAUUUUGUUGCUUCAAAUGAGCUCAGGAUCUCAUGGCUCGAGUCCAUCAGUAAUGAGUAUAUUCGCUAGGCAAAAACGUCAAGGAGUCUUCCCUGAACAUUGCAAUUGCGCACCGUCAGCUGAAGGAUGUCCACGAGGUCCGCCUGGACCACGUGGCGAUGAAGGCGAAAGAGGGCCUGAUGGACCGCCAGGUCAAGAUGGACCAGUAGGACUUCCAGCUCUUCCAGUUCCAAUCACUACGCCACCACCAAUGGUGUGCAUUGAUUGCCCGGCCGGGCCACCUGGGCCACCUGGUAUUAUGGGAGAGCCAGGUGAACCAGGACCGCCAGGUCACCCAGGAAUGGCAGGACCACCUGGCAGAAAUGGCCCACCUGGACCUAUUGGUCCUCAAGGAGAAGCUGGCCCACAAGGGCUAGAAGGACGACCAGGCCAACCAGGACCUCCUGGACGCGAUGGCAAGAAAGGACAUGGACUACCAGGAAUGAAAGGACUUCCCGGUCCUCACGGCCCACCGGGACCUCCUGGAGCGGACGGCCAAAAGGGAGCAGAUGGCGAAGCAGGCGAUCAAGGACCAGCUGGGCGGCCUGGGCGCGAUGGACGUUCAGGGAAAGAUGGUCGGCCAGGACCAGCUGGUGCCCCAGGUUUACCAGGACCAGAUGCUCACUACUGCCCAUGUCCAAGUCGCAGCGCAGCUUUUGUGGUUAAACCAGAGGCCACUCACCAAAAUGGUCGUCGAAGUAGUGCCCGAAAUGGCCGCACAUAUGGUCACCCAAGCGCUAAAAUUCAAGAUGUUCAAGACCUUGCUGGAACUGGCUAUCGUUAA